GUCACUUCCGGCAGCUCUGCCUUCUCCUGGCCAGCUUCCGGCCGGUCUGCUGCUCCAAGCACCUGUUCCGUGUCUCAUUUUCCUGGCUGCCGGUCUGUUCUAGCCGCGUGGUUACUUUGUCGUCCGAGGGGUGCUCCCCCCUCUUUGCGGUCGGGUACUAGCGACCUGAGGUGGCGCCAAGGCGGCAACCUCAGGCAGGCCGGGGGGACCCCCACGUGCGCAGCCUGGAAGCCUGGCAAGCCCUGCGCCCUCCCCUGCUCCCGGCCCACCCGGGGGCCACCGACUCCACUCCCGGAGAGUGUGGCUUCCGAGGGCAUGUGGUCCGGGCUCAGCGCUUUCGGUUCUCGGAGGAGCCGAGCCUGGGAGCCGAGGGGGCAGUGCUGGAGGUCCACGUCCCGCAGGUCUUGCAUCUUCAGUAUGGAAUGUAUGUUUGGCCCUGUGCUGUGGUCCUGGCCCAGUACCUGUGGUUUCACAGAGGAUCUCUGCCCGGCAAGGCUGUCUUAGAGAUUGGAGCUGGAGUGAGCCUUCCGGGAAUUGUGGCUGCAAAAUGUGGUGCUGAAGUAAUACUGUCAGACAGUGCAGAGCUGCCUCACUGCCUGGAAAUCUGUCAGCGUAGCUGCCAAAUGAAUAACCUGCCUCAAGUGCAGGUCAUAGGACUCACAUGGGGUCAUGUAUCGCAGGCUCUUUUGGCUCUACCACCACAAGACAUUAUCCUUGCAUCUGAUGUUUUCUUUGAACCAGAAGAUUUUGAAGACAUUUUAACUACAGUUUACUUUUUGAUGCAGAAAAACCCCAAAGUCCAAUUAUGGUCUACUUACCAGGUGAGAAGUGCUGACUGGUCACUUGAAGCUUUGCUCUACAAGUGGGACAUGAAAUGUGUCCACAUUCCUUUGGAGUCUUUUGGUGCAGAUGAGGAGGCUAUAGCAGAAUCUGCCCUCCCAGGAAGACAUACUGUUGAAAUGCUGGUUAUCUCCCUUGCAAAGGACAGUCUCUGAAUUACACCUACAAGCUGUUUCAGGACAGCGUCAAUGCUGAUUAGCAACCUGGCAAGCCAACUGUGUGGCUCAGGCCACUUCAGCUUAAGUACAAGCAGUAGAUUUGAAAAUGGUCCUAUCUGAUUGUGAGGCAUCACUUAACCAUUAAAAUGAAAAUUAAAACACUUCUAAGAAAAAAGACUUGGAUUCUUCCUAAGUCAUUAAAAUAGGACAUAAAUUAGGUUGAGAGAAGAGGCUACCCACGACCUCAACAAAAGUGCUACCUAUGAGCACUGAGUUUAGGGAUGGAUAGCGGGUGCUAAACUGGCAUUCCACUUUUUAACUUAGGGAGAAAAAUCAGCUCCUAGACAUUUCACUUUCAUACUUUACAGUAAGUUACAUUUGAGAAAACUACACAGGUCUUUCAAAUAAAUGGGGGGAAAAAAGACCAAGACAUAUUCUGAGAAAAGCUAACACCAAGAAAACGUUUUAAUUAAACUACAGAAACAAUGGUUAUAGUACAGAAUAUUCAUGAGCAAAAAGAUACACCAUGUUUUAAGUACUUACAAAGUUACAAACCAUUUCUUUGCUUCCUUAACAUUUUCCAUUUUAAGUUCAUACAUGAAGAUGAUCAGAUUUACCAUUUUUAAGGGGGAGAGGAAGAAAAAAAAAAGGUGUAUUUAUCAUCGCUAGAUGUGCUCACUGUAUGCUCCGUUAUUUAUAUGCAAGGCCCGGUUGACUGGAAGUGCAGUUGUCAGGCAUUUUAAUAAACUGGACAGCCAUUUGUUUCUGCACGACAAGGCAUCUUUACACAGGAGCAAUCAGGAGAAAACAGGAAACAGCCAAGCACUCUGCACUGCAACACGCCACCUUAACAGCUAACCAGCAUUACUCAACUGCUACACAACUGCGCCUAGUGCACAAAAAUACAUAAGAGAAGAGAUUAGAAUUGUGUUUGGUAAACAAUCCUUUCAAAAAAAUCAAGUCUUUUCACCUGAAAAGUCUUUAUACAAAUUUGGGUUCAGUUUACCAUUUAGACCUGAAGGUAAAUAACAUAUACAAACAAAUUUACACCAACUUUUGUAGGUUUUUAAUUUUAAGGUAUGAAGGCAAUGUUGAGUCAAUCUCUUGACAGCUUUAGGCUGUGUGUAAUGGCUGCACACUUGUUUCCUUAAAAGUCAGGAGGCCACAAAUUAGGUUACCAAUCUGUUUAAUUUCAAACAAAAAAAGUCAGCACUAUAUGAACAAAAAGGAAAUUUUACCUCAAAUAUCCAAGCCAAUAAUGAAAUCUGAAGUCGUUCACCUCACUAAAUUACAAGAAAUUUGAAUAACAGCAACAAAAUGGCACAUAAAAUGAUUUUGCCACCUGAGGCAAAGCUUAAAACAAGUAAAAAGUUAGACAAAAUGUUACAAAAUAACCUUUUCAAUAGCCAGUUGCUUGUUCCAAGGACUCCUGGAUGGACCGAGUACUGAGUCCGUGGUCCUUUUUUCCCCAAAUCUUCCUUUACGUUGCUUGUCGACGCAUCUAGGUUUGAAAAGAAAUAAGUUCAGUUUAUCUUCCAUUAUGAAGUCACGAAAAGCGCACAUGGUUUCAAUUUCAGUACUUACUAAGGCUUUGGUGAAACCAGUAGGUUACAGAAAGGUUCCAACCAGCCAUUAUCACAGUUUUUAAAGGCCCAAUUAGAAAAUUUCACAAAGGCUACCAUCAGCAUUAAGAGUUUGUGUUUAUGUAUUCUUGGCCAAAUAACCAAGGUGAAAAAUGGUAAGGGGGAGGGGAGAAAAAAAGAAAAGGAAAAAAAAAAAAAAAAAAAAAAGAGGGCUG